UACAGAGCGAAACACAUACCUUCGCUGCGGACAUCAUGAAGCGGUUGGAUAUGGGUAUCAAACAACCAUGCCUGUAAUGCACACCUCAUACUGUCUCCAUUUUUUACCUCUUCCCGCUCGCAGGUAUGGCUAUUUCCCCCGUGCUGGCGUGUACAUGCUUUUUCUCUCUAAUUCUUCUUCCUUGUAUAUAACAAACACCCCAAGUAUAUCCACUUACGAACAGAUAAAUAAAUACGCUUUGCGAGAGACAUUGAUCGUCAUUUCCUAAAGAUUGUCCCUCUUCAUUUCCGGCAUUUCUUUCAACAGCGGGAGCAACAAAACGACAGAAGCGCCGUUUGGCGCGCUGCUGGGAAACAACGGAUCCUAUGGAGUACGUGAAGGAGAAAGGCGGAGGGAAGGAGAAUUUGAAUACGAUAGAUGUAUGGGAUUAUAUUAAAAGUUGUCUAACCAAAUUUAUUUAUAUAGAUUUUAUGGAAGUUGUAUUAAAUUAGUGAUAGUAGGAG